AUGCCUGCUGAAGUAUACGGUCGCGGUCUAUAUUUGGGUGAAACAAUUCAAGAGAAGACAAGAUCAUUGCUUGGAUGGAACAACGAGCACUGUCCAUCGGUAAUUGGUGCAGAGUCGCAGUACUUGUUCAGUCAGAAUGUUCAAUCGCCACCCGCGCAACAAUACAAAAAUUCCACGAAUCGGCGCCAUCAUCCCUACAAAAAAGCCAACAAUCGCGUUCGUAAGAACAGCUGCAGUUCGUCGUCGUCAUCCGCGUCAACGUGCAGUGAUUACUCACAGCCGUCCCCCAGUUACAGUGUUCGUUCAUAUCCUGACACAUCCUACAGUCCCGAGCCAAUCGCCUAUUCAAAUGCCACCGAAUCAUUGCUAACAUUCACACCGUAUAAUCCCGCAUUCCGUUCCGCAGAACGCGAAGCACGAGUGUUCGAACGGCUGCGACAGCUCGUACCAGUGCUACCAUCGGAUCGAAACGCUUAUCAGGUUGAAUUUUCAUCAUCAACUGAUUAUUUUCUAAAAUCAUUCAACUAUUCUUUUAAAUGGUUGAAUGAAUCGAUCAUCGAUAUUCUUAUUGAUACGGUGUCACAAGUGAUGGACCUUGAGCAACAGCUCGAGCAACUGAACGAGCAAACGGAAGACGUUAAGAACAGUUUACGUUUAGAGGGAAACUAUUCAAAGUAUGGGGAUGAUGAGGUGAGAUUCAUAAUUGAUUGCAUUUGUUUCGAAAAUAUCGAACGAAGUUUGUGUUCGACAUAG